AUGGCCACAAGUGCCAGUUCUCAGAAUCAUGACAGGGUGCUUGUUUAUGCGGAGUAUUUGUCACGGAUAAGGUCAAUUGCGAUAUCGAUACAGCUAUCUGAGCUCUGUUAUCCACAGCAGCUGACAUUCAGGGAUGUGAGAACUGCGGUUUUACAUUAUACUAAAGCUAGUGGUUCAAGUGAUUCUACAACGGGUGUACACGACGAGUCAAAUGAGUCGAGCAAAGAAAAGCAGAAUCAUGAAUCAAACAGGUCGGAUCAGUUGGACGAACUCGAAUCAAGUACAGCAUCUGGAAUAACUGACUCCAUUGAACUUAACCAAAAGGAAAAAUCAAGUAAUAGCAAUGAUAAUGAGUUCAUAAUCAAUCUUCCUGAAGAUAUCACUGUUAGAGUUUCAGAAUCUACCAUACCUAUAUCCGAAUUAACCUCAACAUUAUCAUUCAGGCUACCUGCAUCACCAGAGCUUGCUGAUGUUCUCCAGACAAAACUCAAUUUUUACGAUAGCUAUGACCAGAUCCCUUGGUCAGCUGAUAUGUUGAAUAGCCAUAAAGUCAGUUUUUGUUGUGUACAGUGUGACGGCGAACUGGUCAAGCCGAACCGGAUAAAGCAAUGGAAGUCUUUGCCAUCAGAAAAUUGGGCUGAAAUGAUGGAUUUUUGGCAUUGUCAUAAGCCCAAAAGCGAGGAUGAUAAUAUGGCCUCGAAAUUCAAUCCUAGUUAUGCAGUUUCUAAGUUUACUCCAUAUUCAGGCACUGUUUUAGUUGGAGACUGCUAUUUCUAUUUAUUCAAGGAUGAUACCACAGCACGAGUAGUAGGUGAAACUGUCGCAUGUGAAAAGUGUGGAUACGAUCUAGGAACUUGUGAUGCAAGUGACAAAACUUCUCUUACAGUGUGGAAAUGGAAUCUGAAGCUAGUUACCCCAGAUGUUAGCACGGAUAACACCAAAACUAAAGACGAUAUUAGAGAAGCUGUUGCCAGCACAAACACGUGCAUGCCAACUAAAAAACCAGCAAAACCUCUUCGACUGACCUAUCCCCUCCAUCAAUACGUGUCUACGGUUAUAGCUCGUCUUAUUGAUUCCCAUGCUAUUUAUACUUUCUCAAUCACAGACAUGGAUGAGAAGCCUGACCUUUUAUUGUGGGUAUUUAACCCAGAUAUUAAGUAUACUACUGCUACAAGUGCUAAAGGCCAGAGGGGAUUCAAAAUUGUCUAUACCUAUGAUAAGAAAAUUAUGCCUAGCUUGGAAAAGACUAGAGGUGAGAUUGAAGUGGUCAAGUUUCCUCCUCGGGUGCUGGAAGUUCUCAAAGCUCAUUUAGUUGAAAACACUCUGUCGUUGCCCGAAAAUGCUAGAAGCUUUGGUCAAUGGACUGUCAGUAUGCUGGAAAAGAUCAAUUAA